AUGGAUGAGGUUGAGCAUUACGUCCUUUACGAAAUCAUCACGCACUUUGGUGACCGAACCUUCUCAUUCGCCAAUAUUAUGGAUAUGAUCGAAAGCAUAAAAUGCGGUCAACUUCAAACUGUUGAUCUGAAGAUUGGUCUCGUAGAGUCAAAUUCCGUUUCUGUUUUUGUUUAUACUAUGAAUGGGUCAAUUCCAUACAAUCCACUCAAUAUGCACUUGGUGGUAGACAACGAAACAACAAUCCAACUGCUUACUCAACGUAUAUGCAUCUUAAAGGGUAUUUAUCCGGUCGAACCAAAGAACAAAAAAAAGGCUGGUCUCGGGAAUUCGCAACCAAGGAUAUAUUUUCACUCCAAAGAUAUCGCAUUUCUUGCGAGGGAGCCUUUAAUAGAGACUUUCCGGAGACUUCGUGUACAUCAGAAGCGUCUAAGGAGAGCGCGCGAGAAACUUGAUCGGGAUAAGGAGUUUCGGUUGAGAAUGAGCAAACCGACUUACACCUUACAUCAUUUGGUCCGUGAGCGGUAUCCUACGCGCGCUGAUGCUCUUCGGGACCUGACCGAUAGUCUUAACCUUAUCUUUCUCUUCGCGAGAUUGCCUCGCUUAACACAGUUCCACCCAUCUCUGAUUUCAUUAUGUCGUAGAUUUUCUGUGGAGUUCUUACAUUAUGUCAUUGCUAUGCGAUGCAUUAGGAAGGCUUUCAUCAGUAUUAAGGGCUUCUUUUUGGAAGCCAUAAUUGAUGACGUUCCGGUAGUCUGGGUUAUUCCUCAUCAGGCUGCAGCACACGCACCAACGGACGUAGACUAUCGCCUUCUGGCCACAUGUGUUGAAUUUGAUAUUACGCUGCUAGGAUCUCUACUUUGCAAGUACGUGAAUUUUUUACUUGAACUGCGGAUAGUCUUUAUAAGCAGGCUGGCCUUUUAUAUCCUCCAGAAAUCAACACGCAAAGCGUUGCUUCCUCGUCGUCUUAUUCUUCCUCUGAAGUUACUCACAUUGAGAUCUGAGAAAGAGGGUACUACUGCCGUUCAGCUGGAGGAGUUAAUUGAACUUGAAGCAAUUGACGACUCUGUCACGGCGGCGAUUGGCAAACAAAUUCAGGCUCAGAAAGUCAAACACAUUUUUGACGACAAAUGCUUCUUCUUUAAUCGCGAGGUCCCCAAAGAGGUUCUUACAGUGAUUGUCCGGUCAUGUGGUGGUGAUUGCAGUUGGGAUGCCACUUCCGGCCCAGGUGCUACCUACACUGAGGACGACAACCGUAUUGAUUACCAGAUUGUGGAUAGACCAAUGAAAGACAUGAAAUCGACCCGGCAAGUCAUCUACUCUACCUUGAUUUGCUUAUGCGCAUUCUUUCUUCCUGAAUGGGAUAUGUCUUAUGUUCAGCCCCAAUGGGUGUUCGACAGCUUGAAUGCAGGUCGUCUAUUGCCGACUCAGGAUUAUCUGCCAUCAGCAUCUCUUCCACCACACCUCUCGCCGUUUGCUACUGCAGUUACUGCGGAUCCGCACACGGCCAUGGCGGAUGCUCUGAAACAAGCAGCUGCGGUGAGCAUCGCUCCUGGCUUCGGUUCUGGAUCGGCUCUCUAUCGACCACCCGAGGUAGAUUAUCUCGCUGGUCUUGUCUCCCUCGCAGAGGUACGUGGUGCUGCUGUGGCUGCAGCUCAGACGGAUGAAACUGACGAUAAUCACCAAGGUGAAAAGCGGAACCGAGAGAGUGAUAUGAAAUUGGAAGUCGAUAUAACAAAUAUUGGGGAAGAAAAGAACCGUUCAAAGAAGAACAAAAGAAUAAAGCGGAGCUACAGCAAGGCUCUUGGGAAAGGAAAGAAAGCUGUUGUAAAACCGGGUCAAUCAGUGAACGAGCUGGUGGUUAAGAUGGCUGAACGAGCUGAGGAAAAUGCUCGACGCAAACUUCGUGAAAUGAUGCUUCCAAAACGGCAUAGAAAUCUCUACAGAAAGAUGGUACAUGCACAAAAGACCGUGAACAAGGAUAUGCGGCAACUAGCUGAGCGCAGAAAGGCCUUUGAAAAGUUCAGUUUGAAUCGGAGUUGUUUUUUUACUAACGGUUAUGGCUUUCAAUUUCAUUGUAGAACUCAACGGUCUGAAAGGAAGCCAAAAUAA